AUGCCCACUACAAUAAAGGAUUUUAUUGUGAUAGAGUAAUUAGGAGAAGGUACCUUUAGUCAAGUUUAUAAAGUAACAAUCCUAAUCAUACUUUAAAAUAGGUUAAAAGAAUUCUUGAUAAUUAAUUCUAUGCUCUAAAAAAGGUUAAUCUCUCACUUCAAACUCAAAAUGAAAAAUAAAACACUCUCAAUGAAAUUCGAAUUCUUGCAUCAAUCAACAAUCCCUACAUUAUUGAAUACAAAGAUUCAUUUUUAGAUUCAGAUGGCUGCAUUCUUUACAUCGUAAUGGAAUACGCUCCAAUAGGCAAUCUUCUUAAACUUGUAAAAUUAGAUCUCAUAACAACUCAAGAAAUCUGGAAAGUUGCUGUUCAAUUAUUAUUAGGAUUGAAAUGUCUACAUGAUAAUCAAAUCUUACAUAGAGAUCUUAAAUUAGUUAAUAUUUUAGUAGUUAAUACUCCAACAGGUUAUUAAUACAAAAUUGGUGAUCUCAAUAUUAGCAAAAUUGCUAAAGGAAAUAUGGCUAAAACUGUUAUUGGAACUCCAUGUAUAAAUUACAAUUAUAUAUUUAGUGUAUGCUGCUCCUGAAGUUUGGCAAGGUAUAUAAUACUCAUAUCCUUGUGAUAUUUGGUCACUUGGAUGUUUGCUUUAUGAAUUAGCCAAAGGAAAUCCUCCAUUUAAUGGGAAAGACUUAUAGGAUUUGAAUUAUAAAAUAUAAUCAGGACAGUUUGAACCAAUUAUAAAUCAGGAUCUAAAUCAAUUUAUAUCUUUUAUGUUAAAAGUUAAACCAAAAGAUAGAUUAAACUGUGAUCAACUGUUAAAAUCAUCUUUGCUUAUUAAAAAUAGUGGCAAUCUAGCUAUCUAAACUGUUGUGGAUGGUAAAAUAUAGAUUGAUCUACUAUAAACCAUAUAAAUACCUAAAAAUCUCAAACAAAUAAAUCUACCAUCAGAUAAUUAUACCAAAAAAACAAAAAGAUCAGAGUCUUCGCAGAGAAUCAACAAUCAAAGUAAUAGUAUUUAGACAAAAAAUAAUUAUACUAAUUAAAUAUCUUAAUUGCAUAUAAAAAAAACAGGUUAAUCAGAGAUUUAACAAGCUCCACCUUUAGCCCCAAAUAGAAUUGCUAGACCAAUUCUGCAACAUUAAGCUUAAGCACAUAGAUAUAACCCACUAUAAAUAAUAUCUUAAAGGGAUCCAAAGUAAAUUACAAGAUAAGGAAGUGCAGGUCCAUUAAGUAGAAGAUGA